CAGCCAGGCAAGCGUUGAGAAAUAAUUACCUGCCUUGAUUGUUCUAUGGCUAGAUAAAAAAGUACACAUACACUCCAUAUAAUAAUCGGAUGCAUGUAAAAGAGUCGGGGAAGCUUCGACAUGUCGACCACGGGUCCCAUAAGUAAUUAUUAUGUGGACUCCUUGAUCAACCAUGAAAACGAGGAUGUCCUUGCUGCAGCUCGGUUUUCGGCUCCCGGUUCUCACCCAGCCGGCUCUCGCACGACGUCCCUAGUACCGGAGUGUGCCGACUAUCCUUCCUGCAGCUUCGCACCCAAGCCUCCCGUCUUCUCCACCUCAUGGACCCCUGUACACUCCCAGUCCUCAGUGGUUUACCAUCCAUACAGUCACCAGCCUCACUUAAGCACAGACUCGAGGUAUAUGCGGUCAUGGCUGGAGCCGAUAUCAGGCGCCGUGCCUUUCCAUGCCUAUCCGGGGAACAGCAGGCACUUUGGGCUGAAGCCCGACGCCUUUCAGGAGCACAGAGCCGCGGAGUGUCUUGGCUCCAGCGGGCGUACCUACACGGAUUAUCUGUACUGCUCAUCCACUGACAUGCGAGACAAGGCGCUGCAGAGUAUCCCUUCUCCCGAGUCGGAGCUCCUGGCUUCAGGGAAACAUAAAGAAGAGAAGCCGGAGCUAGAUCCGAAUAACCCUGUGGCAAAUUGGAUACACGCACGCUCCACGAGGAAGAAGCGAUGCCCCUACACAAAGUACCAGACUCUCGAACUGGAAAAGGAGUUUUUGUUCAAUAUGUACCUUACUAGAGACCGCCGUUUUGAGGUCGCUAGGGUCCUGAAUCUGACCGAAAGGCAGGUCAAAAUCUGGUUUCAGAACCGGCGAAUGAAGAUGAAGAAAAUGAACAAAGAAAGGAACGACAGAAAAGAACAAUAAUGUGGACUGCAAUCACAAAACAACAAUAAUAACCACUAGUCACAUGGACAGCACAGAUUUACCAAAUCAACCU